UCUUGUAACUGUCAAAGUCAACCAAUUUUAAUAAUUGUCAAUUUGUUUGUUUUACUAAAUUUCAAUUUAAAAUCCAAAACACACAAAUACAGUAAUAUAACUAGAAAUAGAUUUCAUUUGACCAGUGAACAAUUUUUUUCCGAUUGUAUGUAAGUAAUAUUGUAUAUAUAAUGACAAUGCAAGAGGCAAUGGUGAAAGAAGAAAUUGCAAAUUUAGAUUUGACUAAGGUGGCGGCAUUGCAACAGAAGCGUACAUUAGCAUUUAUAAAUCAUUUCUUAGUAACUACAGUGCAGUUUAUGAAUCAUUUUAUGAAGAAAUGCGAACAAAAAUUAAUGCACUUUGAAAGGAAACUCGAAAAGGUUGAAGCUGCCAUGGUGUUAUUAGAAGCUAGAUUGUCAUCUAUACCCGAGGCAAACAUAGUAGAAACAGAAACCCAGCCAACACAAAACACAGUCACAAAAUCAGAAGACAUGGUCGAUCAGAAUGAAGCCAAUACAAAAUUGGAUUCAGAAGAUGUGAAUGAAGAGGUAGAGAGCAAGGAGACGAGCCAGAGCCAACCUGAGUAUGAUAGAUUUGUUAAAAUGGUUCAAGUCGGUGUUCCACUGCAAGCAGUCAAGUUAAAAGUGUCCAUGGAAGGGUUAGAUCCUAAUGUACUUGAAAAAAUUGUCAAUAAAUGAUAUAAAUACAUAAUUUUUGUAGUUUAGAAGUGUACAUUUUAUUAUGUUAGUCUGUAAAUUUUUUACUAUUAUGUAAACAAUUUCUUUUGUAAGAAUAAAACGUUUAUUAUGUGAUACUAUUCAACAAAAUAAUCACUGAAUUAAAAUUUCAAUUUCAUAAAUUACUCUAUUACUAUAUUUUUGUAUCAAUAAUUCCCUUUAUGAAAAUAGACUACUAACAUAUUGUGUAUUAUUCAUUUAUGUAUCAAUGUUUUAAGUAUGCGAGGUAUUUUAUAAUAGGGUUAGGGUAUGAUGAGGCUGACAUAUCCUUAUAGGAUAAACGCCUCUAAAUAAUGAGAUAAAAAAAAUUAAUGACUAACGGAAUGCUCAUUUUGUAGAAUGUAAUUGAUACUGAUCCCUGAAAUAAUGAUUUUGCUGUAAUGUAAUGCAAGUAGUAAUUACUAUUUUUGAUACCAAAAAUUGAGCUUCAGUAUUGACCACAAUGUAUGGUCACAUAAGAUACAUAUGUUUUAUCAUAUUUUUGUAUGUUAUAUAAUCUAUUAUAGUUCCAAUGUAUUUAUCCAUUGUAUCUUGUUUGUAACUUUAUUUUUUGUCAAAUAAUAAUAAAUAAAUAAAUAUA